AUGCUUGCCGAGACUCGGGUUACUGGCACACAGCGCUUCCCUGAGGUCGAAGACCUCAUAGCGGGCCGCCAUCACGAAGCCAUGCAGUCGGCGGCCGGCUACGACCUCAUGUCCCAGAGAGACGACUCUGGCAUCAUGGACGUCUACCCCAGCACUGAAACCGGCUCGGCGCAUGACUCCCUGUCGCCGUCCAAGCAGAUGCCCAAGAAGCACGUCAGCUUCGAGCUGCUGCUCCCCCAGUCGCCAGCCCACAAGGCUCGACUGCCCAUGCGGGUCGACAUCUACCCGCACGAUACAACAGACUCCAUCAUCACGACCGUCAAGAACUUCUACGGUCUGUAUGAGCGUCGCGGCGUCAUCUUCGAAGACCGCCAUGGCAACACGCUGAUCGCACGCUUCGAGAACUUUGAGCACGGCAUGACUGUCUACGUCCGCGUCUCUCCCGAGAGUCUGGAUGCAGACGAGUACUCUCCUGAUCCGCGACAGGCCUCCAUUUCUCCUCGCCGUCAUCGACCCCACCUCGACGAAGCCUUCCAGAUGCUGCCGCCUCUCCAGCACAAUCAAGCUGGCGCAAGAGCGGGGUCCCGCCAUGCCCGUCAGAGCCACUCUCCACACCCAGGGCGCGGGCGCAGGAGCGCUUCCAUUAGCAAGCGCAUGCGCCCUUCUACAAAGAGCCGCGGAAACAGUUCGCAUGGCAGCUUCGCCGAGGCCAACGGCGAUGACUACAGCGACAGCGAGGGCGAGCAUGGUUCAGUGAGCAGCUCGCGUCGCUCAAGAAAGGAGCCGCUGGCCAGCGCCGAAAUCAGUGUUGACAACAUAGUCGAAGGUGGUCGUCGGAAGCGUGCGAAGUUUGACAGCUCGGAGCUGCCACUGUUCGUGCCGCCUCAAGUACCCAUGACUGCUUCCUUGUCAUCGGCAUCUCCCCAGCGACGCAUAAGUGGCAACACUGCUGGCUCCCCAUACUCUGUUAACCAGCAGACCUUUUCAUACUCACAUCCGCUGCCAUCGCCGCAGAGCUAUGGCCAAGGCGACAGUUCGUACAUGCAAGGACUGGCUACGCCCUACUCUGCGUCGAAUGGUGCAGCACCAGGCCACAAGUCUCGCGCGCGGGGCUCUGGGCAGUACUCGCACUACCGCUACUCUGGUAGCAGUGGCAUGAUACCCACCCCUGAUACCACUCUUGCGAGCAUCAGCGUCAUCUCUGAUGAAGAUGUGGCCCGCCAGCUCAUGCGCUUGGGCGACGCCUCCAACUUCUCGACUCACGGUCGUACCUCUACGUCGACGCUCGACGAUGCCUUUAGCGGAAAGGCUGACGCAGCAUCGUCGAGUGACGAGAGUGCUGACGGCAGUGAGGAGGAGCCUGAGCUGCCGCCCCUCCCAUACAACAUGUCUCGUGGGAUUCAUGACAUGACGCGUGUCUACGACGAUGGUGAGAGCAGUGGUGAGGAUUACGAGGACGAGCGCGACGGCUCUUUCAAAGGAGUCAGUGAUGAGAUGAUGGGCGAUGAGCACAACCAGCGCGUGCAACCGGGCGUCAUCAAAGCCCGCUCCAUCUCGAGCAAGUCUGGCAAGCCCAAGUCGCGGCCCAUGUCGAAGACCAAGACCAAGACCAAUGGCAGCAGCAAAGCGCCAUUGUCGCCAUCGUCUCUUCCCUCGCAGUCACGCAAGGCGUCGAAUGCAUCCAUCAACUUCCAGCACCAGCUCGCGGUCGACGAAGAGGACCUUUCGAGCAAGCCACGCUGCCAGCGCUGCCGCAAGAGCAAAAAGGGCUGCGACCGUCAGCGCCCUUGCCAACGCUGCAAAGACGCGGGCAUUGGUGCUGACGGAUGCGUCAGUGAAGACGAAGGCAAUGGCAGGAAGGGCCGCUACGGGCGCCACAUGGGGGUGUCGGUCAAGAAGAACUCAAUCCCGUCGGCGACGUCAAUGGCACCUCCACCAACGCACGACUACAACAUGGCUAUGAACGGCACCCAUGCGCUAAGCACAUCUCUGGACAAGAGCAAGAAGCGCAAGAGGUAA